UAGAGAGAGAAAGUAGAGAGAGAAAGAGAGAGGAGGGGUCAAAUCGAGUGGCGAAGGGGGUUGGGUUGUCUUUUACAAAUUUCUGUGGUGGUGGUGCUGGUAUUUCCAUUUAGCCCUUCUCCUCCUUUUUCUUUCUUUCUAGCCCACGGAGGGUUUCAAACAAAAACGCGCAGAGGAGAGAGAAACCAGAGAGAGAGAGAGAGAGAGAGAGAGAGAUAGAUAGUCCUGAAAGCUUGAAGAUAAUACUGGAGACACAGCUCUCCAAGCACUCCAUACAAAAUCCCCAAAUCUUCUAUUUUCCGUCUUUCUUCUCUUUAGUUUGUGUAAUCUUUAGCCGAUGGAUCCCUUCGAUUUGGUACGAAAAGGGUUUGGUUGAAGCUUAAUGAAAAUCAAGUUAUUGUUUUUAUUCAAAGCUGUUUUGUUAUUUUCAUUUGAGUAAAUAAUGAGCUUGUCCAAGAAAGGAUCCUUUACCAACGACACCAAACUAAGCACCGCAAACAAGGCAACUGCGUUGAAUCCCAAUGCAGCGGAGUUUGUUCCCUUUUCCCUCAGAUCUCCGUCAUCUGGAAGCACCAGCACGGCACAGGGCGCAUCAAAGUUUUCUUCCGCUGGAACAUUUGGAAAAGCAGUACUAGAUCGAACAGAAUCUUCUACAUCAAACAAUUCCGAUGAUGAGGCCCACCAGUAUUGGCGCCACCAGCUCCCUGACGAUAUUACCCCUGACUUCAAGGUCAUGGGAGAAGAUGAGUCGCAAGGCCUUGGGAACCUCUCUUUGGCAGGUUUGUCCUUACACGAUGAUGUUGAAGCAACACGGUUUCCUGCCUCGACGGGCAGUGGAUACUUAUUAAACGAGUCACAUACUAAUGGCAAUAGCUUUUCCGAAAAGUUAAGAGCUUCUGCACCUCCCUUUGGCGGGGAUGAUCUUUCAUCGGCCAGUUUCCUUCAUAUGUCACCGAAGCCUUGGGAAAAGCAGAUUCUGAAUAGUAAUCAGCUUGUUGGCAAUGGUCAGGAGGGGUCUCCUUAUGAUGGCUUUUCGAGACACGGGUUCAUGAAUGAUAUGAUGGGUGAGCAUGCAGUUGUGGAAGAUGCUGAUAUUAACCCUGCUGAGUUUUUGGCUGCACAGUUCCCUGGCUUCUCUGCUCAGAGCGUUGCUGAAGUUUACUUUGCCAAUGGCUGUGAUUUGAACCUGACUAUUGAGAUGUUGACUCAGUUGGAGCUUCAAGUUGACGGUGGUUUUAAUGAGAAUCUGAACUCAAAGGCCGUGUCAGCUCCUGAUCUUAGUUCAAUGGACUUCCCUGCACUUACGCCAACAGAUGGUCAUCAUGGUCAUUCAAAAUAUGCUGGAGAUGCUGAUCUCCAGCAAAGCAAUCCUUAUCGAUCUUCUGAUAAGGACAACAUGCUUUUGUUCAAGUCUAGCUCAUCAAUUCCUAAUAGAGGUGCAAUAGAUUUUGCUUCAGCUGUCAGAAAAUUGGCGACCCAGGAUUCUGGAUGGAAGUAUGAGAGAAAUGGUUCUGCUGAUGCUACUAUUGGCUCAAGCAGGCGUUCCCAUCUUUCGAACAGCACUUUCAAUACUGGGCAUGGAAGAGGCAUGUACAGCGACAGGUCGCAGAAUCGUGGUUCAGCUCGAACUGCCCCUGUUUGGCUUGAAACGGGAGAUGCUGUUGCAAAUAUGUAUUCUGAUCUGCGGGAUGAAGCUCGGGACCAUGCACGCCUACGUAAUGCAUAUUUUGAGCAGGCACGGCAAGCGUACCUUGUUGGAAACAAGGCUCUAGCGAAGGAGCUGAGCGUUAAAGGACAGCUGCACAACAUGCAUAUGAAAGAAGCUCAUGGAAAAGCUCAAGAGUCUAUAUAUCGUCAGAGGAACCCAGUUUCUCCGGAGAUGCAGGGCAAUGGGAGAUCACAAGAGAGGAUGAUAGACCUGCAUGGGCUGCACGUAAGUGAAGCCCUUCAUGUCCUGAAGCACGAGCUGAGCGUGUUGAGGAAUGCUGCCAGAGCAGGAGAGCCUGGUCUUCUGGUUUAUAUAUGUGUUGGAACGGGCCACCACACCAGGGGUUCCCGCACUCCAGCUAGGCUCCCAAUUGCUGUACAGCAAUACCUACUCGAAGAAGAAGCCCUUGACUACACUGAACCACAGCCAGGGCUGCUCCGAGUUCUGUUAUACCAAGAAACAAUAAUGCGGUUGCACCACCACUUCCGCCCCAAAUCCACUUCCCUCCUCACCAAUUCUCCACCCAAUUCUCCACACCCACAAUCGCUUCCAUCUCUCUUCACCUUCUCUUCUCUAUCUUCUGCCCUCUCUCACUCUACCCGCAUAUCCCCAUCUUCUUCUUCCUCCUCCUCUCAAUGGUUCUCCAUCCUCCGCGCCGCUGUCGCCGCCGCAGACUUGCAGCUCGGAAAGCGUGUGCACGCGCUGAUCGUAACCUCCGGCGAUGGCCCGGAUCAUUUUUUGACCAACAACCUCAUCGCCAUGUAUUCCAAAUGCGGAUCGCUUUUAUCCGCACGCCGCCUGUUUGAUAAAAAGCGCGGCCGAGGCCUUGUCACAUGGAACUCCAUUCUAGCGGCCUAUGCGCAUGCUGCGGGCUCUGAUGUUGAGAAUGUUCAAGAGGGUCUUAGCCUUUUCCGGCGUCUUCGUGAGUCGGUUGUUUUUACUAGUCGGCUCACUUUGGCGCCGGUUUUGAAGAUGUGUUUGAUAUCAGGGCACCUAUGGGUUUCCGAGGCGGUUCAUGGGUAUGCUGUUAAGAUUGGAUUGGAGUGGAAUGAGCUUGUUUCUGGUGCUCUUGUGAAUAUAUAUUCUAAAUUCAGACGAAUUAAGGCCGCUCGUGUGUUGUUUGAUGGGAUGAUGGAAAGGGAUGUUGUGUUGUGGAAUACAAUGCUCAAGGCAUAUGUGGAAACGGGUCUUGAGGAAGAAGGACUUUCUUUCUUCUCUGCGUUUCAUCGGAGUGGAUUGCAUCCCGAUGAUGUUAGUGUGCGUUCUGUUCUCAGUUGGAUUGACAAAGUUGAUUCUUAUGAAUGCAAGAGGCACAUGGAGCAGGUUCAAGCAUACGCAACAAAAUUGUUUUUGUAUGAUACAAAGUCGGAGUGUUUGGACCUAUAUUCUUGGAACAAGACAUUGUCCGAGUAUGUUAAAGCUGGUGAAAAUUGGGCUGCUAUAGACUGCUUUAGAAACAUGGUACGAUCAAAAGUAGAGUUUGACACGGUGACAUUAGUUGUUAUUCUGUCUACGGUUGCCAGUGUAAAUGAUUUGGAGUUGGGGAAACAGAUUCAUGGUCUUGCUUUGAAAUCACGUUUUGAUUCUGUUGUGUCUGUUGCAAAUAGCCUUAUCAACAUGUAUUCAAGGGCUCGUUCUGCUUAUUCUUCAAGAAAAGUGUUCAAUCGCAUGAAAGAAGUGGACUUAAUUUCAUUGAACUCAAUGAUAUCAUGUUGUGCGCAAAGUGGUUUAGGAGAGGAAGCCAUAAACUUAUUUAUAGGCUUAUUACAUGAUGGUUUGAGACCGGAUCAAUUUACUAUUGCAAGCAUUCUAAGGGCUUGCUCCUCCCUUGAAGAAGGGUUGUCAGCCAGCAAACAGAUUCAUGUUCAUGUUAUAAAAUCCGGUAUUGUUGCUGACAGUUUUGUUUCGACGGCUCUUAUUGAUGUUUAUUCUAGAAGUGGAAACAUGGAGGACGCAGAGGUCCUUCUUGGAAAUGAACUUGAAUUCAAUCUGGCAUCUUGGAAUGCAAUGAUGUUCGGAUACAUAAUGUGUAACGACAGUCAUAAGGCAUUGGAACUUAUGAGAAUAAUGCACGAAGGUGGACACAGCACCGAUGCGAUAUCUUUAACAACUGCGGCUAAGGCUGCUAGUAGCCUGGUAGCUUUGGGAUCAGGACCAGGAAAGCAAAUUCAUGCUCAUGCCAUAAAAACAGGGUUUGUUUCGGAUUUAUGUGUUAACAGUGGAAUUCUGGAGAUGUAUAUCAAAUGUGGUGACAUGGGGAGUGCACACACAUUGUUCAACGACAUCCCUGCACCCGAUGGUGUUGCAUGGACAACUAUGAUCUCAGGAUGUGUAGAAAAUGGAGAUGAAGGGCGCUCUCUUUAUAUAUACCAUCGGAUGAGGCAGUUAGGAGUCGAGCCCGAUGAAUAUACCUUUGCCACCCUUGUCAAAGCCAGCUCUUGUCUGACAGCAUUAGCACCAGGGAAACAGAUACACGCUGAUGUGAUAAAGUUGGAUUUUUCCUCAGACCCUUUUGUCGCGACGUCACUUGUUGACAUGUAUGCCAAGUGCGGCAACAUAGAAGAUGCUUAUCAUUUAUUCAGGAAGAUGGAUGUUAGGAAUGUCGCCCUGUGGAAUGCCAUGUUGGUCGGUUUAGCUCAGCAUGGAAAUGCUGAAGAAGCACUAAGCCUUUUCAGAGUCAUGAAAACAAAGAACAUAGAGCCUGAUAGAGUUACUUUCAUUGGAGUCCUUUCCGCUUGCAGCCAUUCUGGUUUAGUAUCCGAAGCAUUUGAGUAUUUUUCUAAAAUGCAGAAAGAUUACGGCAUUGAACCUGAGAUGGAGCACUACUUUUGCCUAGUUGAUGCCCUUGGCCGCGCAGGUCUAGUCCAAGAGGCAGAAAAACUGAUAGCAUCAAUGCCCUUUGAAGCUUCUGCUUCAAUGUAUAGAGCCCUUCUAUGUGCUUGUAGAGUUAUGCUCAGAGUCAAAGGGGAAACCGAAACUGGAAAACGGGUAGCAGCACAGCUCCUGGCUGUGGAGCCAUCUUACUCGUCUGCUUACGUGCUUUUAUCCAACAUCUACGCAGCUGCAGCAUUCUCUGUACUACCACGGUCAGAAGCUAGCAAUAGCUUAUGGACUCAUAAGCACUCCUCCGUCUGCUACCAUUUGGGUGAUAAAAAACCUUAAGAGUUUGUGAAGAUUGCCAUAAUGCAGUCAAAUACAUAUCGAAGGUUUAUCACAGAGAGAUUGUUUCAUGGGGGUCUUUCAGUGCAGCUGCCUGCUAACCGACCCAGAUUUUAUGAACAGAUGGAUUUCGUGGCGAAUCACUUUUGGGUAACCCCAUCUUCUACCUUCGGUUUUUGCUUAUGGUGCUUCAUUGGCAACAUUGCUAGAUUUAGGGAUUCUACUGACCGAUUUGGAAUGAGCUUGUUUCUGGUGCUCUUGUGAAUAUAUAUUCUAAAUUUGGACGAAUUAAGGCCGCUCGUGUGUUGUUGAUGGGAUGAUGGAAAGGGAUGUUGUGUUAUGGAAUACAAUGCUCAAGGCAUAUGUGGACACGGGUAUUGAGGAAGGACUUUCUUUCUUCUCUGCAGUUCAUCGGAGUGGAUUGCGUCUUGAUGAUGUUAGUGUGCGUUCUGUUCUCUGUGGGAUUGACUAAGUUGAUUCUUAUAGAUGCAAGAGGCAUAUGGGGCAGGUUCAAGCAUACGCGAAGAAAUUGUUUCUGUAUGGUACAAAGUCGGAGUCUUCGGACAUAUAUUCUUGGAACAAGACAUUGUCCGAGUAUGUUAAAGCUGGUGAAAAUUGGGCUGCUAUAGUGUAUUCAAACACUCCUGCUGCUUAUUCAUCGAAAAAAGUGUUCAAUCGCGUGAAAGAAGUGGACCUAAUUUCGGUGAACUCCAUGAUAUCAUGUUGUGCGCAAAGUGGUUUAGGAAGGAAGCGGUAAACUUAUUUACAGGUUAUUACAUGAUGGUUUGAAACCCGAUCAAUUGACUGUCGCAAGUGUUUUAUGGCUUGCUCCUCGCUUCAAGAAGAAGGGCUGUCAGCCAGCAAACAGAUUCAUGUUCAUGAUAUAAAAUCCGAUAUUGUUGCUGACAGUUUUGUUUCGACGGCUCUUAUGGAUGUUUUUAUUCCAGAAGUUGAAACAUGGAGGACGAAGUCCUUGUCGGAAAUAAACUUAAGUUCAAUCUGGCAUCUUGGAAUGCAAUGAUGUUCGGAUACGUAAUGUGGAACGACAGUCAGAUGGCAAAGUUCAAGAUUUUUAGAGGGUUUUAGGGAAAUCCCCAUAUCUGCACUUAACAGGCAAGGCAAACAUUUGAGUCUGGCAUCUUGUUUAUCAACUCAGGGGCUUAUGUAAGAACCACCUCAUUAGCAACAUUUUGAUGUCUGGAAGGCUUCAUCCCCUUUUAACUUCAAUGACUGAUGGAAAAAUGGAAGAGGUGAGAGUUAUAUGGUUCAUUGUUUUUACUUAAUUUGUUUUAACAUAAAAAAAUAGCGUGUUGAAAUAAUUUGUUAAGAGUGUUUAGUCAAAGAAUUUAUAGUGAAUUAAGCUUCAUUAGCGCGCACAGAAUUUUGAGAAAAAAAUGUUAUAAGACUUUACCCA